AUUCUCGAUGGAAAAUCGUGAAAAAACUUGAAAAUUGCUGAAAAAUCCUCAGAAGAUGUCAAAUGCAGCGGGAGUCGUUAAAUUCAACAUUUUGAAUCCAGGUUUCACUCAAUCUCAGUCCUUUGCCCUCGCAAGUGGUAGUUCUGUCGAAAAUGUAGAUGUUUGUUUCCUUUGUUGUUCCGAUAUUGAACAGGGAGUUAUUGAAACUGUCUUUAGUCCCGAUGAAGUUGCUUUACAUAAAAUCCUAUUGGAUUCAUUGAAUAUCCAGCUGUCGCCUGAAACUAAAAUUCUUGCACGAUUAUGCAAAACUUGCAUCUCUCAUCUGGAACAGUACCAAGAGCUCUUGUCACAACUGGCAAACAUCAAAUCUUUGCUGCAAAUCGCUUAUAAACGAGGUCAAAGUAUUUUAUCGAAGCGACAGAAAUCAGAUUUUACAUUGCUAAAGAACACAGAUUCCUACGGAACGACUUUUUUAAUUUAUCAACAGCCCAAGGAAAGCACAAUUCCCCAACUUUACAUAUCGGAUGGACCAAUUUUGGAUGACCAACCGGAAAAUUUUGAAGAUCUGGUUCAGUUGACGACCACAACAGUCGCGGAUCUCGAUCCAAAAUUAAUGUUUGAACGCAAAACUGAUUCCGGAAGUUAUUUUUGCAAGCAAUGUUCGGACAAUAUUUUUUACACUCAAGACGAAAUCCAAUCACAUCUUUUAUCGGAACAUGGAUAUGCGGUGGCAAUUUGUAAUAUUUGCGAUAAUUGCUUCUCGGACAGCAAUGAGUUGAAUCUGCACAAAGUUAAUUGUCAUUCUGAGGUUCCGCCACUGGUUCCCUUAAAAAAAGACUUUAAAUGUACUUUUUGUGAUAAAAUUUUCAAAGAAAAAGUUUUGCUGGACGAUCAUCUUGCUGCGAGUCAUAAUUCUGAGUCGUCUUCUCGUCCCUUUAAAUGUCCCCAUGACGGAUGCAGCAAAGAUUUCACGUCGAAAUAUACUUUGACGACUCACAUGAAAAUCCACACCGAUCGUCCACGACCCUAUAAAUGCACGGUUUGCGAAAAAUCCUUUUAUCAUUCGCAAAAUUUAGUGCAACACCUGAAACUCCAUUCCAGCACCAAGGAAUUUAUUUGUUCCGGUUGCAAUAAAGCCUUUAGCACGCAACACAACCUCGAUGUCCAUUUUAUCGUCCACACAAAGCUGAAAAAAUUCGGAUGUGCCAUUUGUGACAAAAGAUUUGCCCGCAAAGCGGAGGUUCGGGAUCAUGAACGAACCCAUACCGGCGAAAAACCUUUUUCAUGUGACUUUUGCAGUGCUACGUUCGCGCAACGAUCCAACUUGCUGAGUCACAAAAGAGCAACGCAUCUCAACGACAAGCGACAUAAAUGUUCGCAGUGCAACAAGGGCUUCAAACGACGUCGAUUGCUGGAUUAUCACAUAAAAUCCGCGCACACGGGCGAACGGCCAUAUGCUUGUGAUAUUUGUAACGCCACUUUUGUGAUUCCGGAACACUUUAAGAAGCACAUGCGAAUUCACACGGGAAAGAAACCGUUUACGUGCGAGCUGUGUAAACGGUCGUUCAGUAGCAAGGACAACUUGAAAGCCCACAGAUUUGUGCAUAGCAAGCAAAAACCGUACGAAUGCAUGGUUUGCGAAAUGGGAUUCAUGAGAAAAACGCUGCUUUUUACGCAUAUGAAAAGUCAGGAUCACGAGUCGGAGCAUUUUGUGGUGAAUGAGCCGAAAAUCGGGGAAAAGGGAAAUAUUGUGAUUGAAAAAACUGUCACUAAAAUCGAGUUGAACCAGGAAGAAGAUGAUCAAAAGUAGGAUGUGGCAUAAGUUUUUAAUCCAACCAAAGAAAAUUUAAUUUUUCAGAAAAAUUCUGAAAUAAUAUUCAUGAUUUGCUGUACCUGAAGAAAUUUAAUUUAAAAAAAUCCUGAAGAUAAGAAAUUGUUUAUAAAGGAUGAAUUGUA